CAAGCGCAAACGUCUUGUAAAGAUGGCCGAAAGCGCCCGGCUCCUGACCCAUUGUACUGACUUAUUUUCAUCGUAAAUCAAAACAAAAGCCAUUAUCAUGUCCAAAAGAAGAUAAAACGAAUAAUACGUUCCAAUUUUAAAUUAUGACCAUGGAUCAAACCAGUGAUUUUGUGUCUAGAGUUCAAUAAAUGCGAAAAUACGUUGGGAUUCUGCUUUGAGACCGUGUUGACAGAUCAGUGACAAUCGUUGGAGAUGAGUGGGUGCAAUAUUUUACAUGGAUUAUCUGGACUUUGCUAGGAUUUGCGAACGUACAGAACGUGCUAGCAAGGCCCGUCACUUGUUGAAAAAGGGACAGAGAAAAAUGGACCAUCUUGGAGAACAUUUGUCUACGAAAGCUGGAUGCAAAAGAUGGAUCUCCCCAGUAACGUCUAACUCACACAAAUGGCUUGGUUCUCGUAAACAUUGCUAAGAAUAUGCUUUGUGACGAUCUAUGAGCAAAUAUGGACAAGAACUCGAAGAAGAAGAAUCAUGCCAAUGGUAAAUAUAAAAAGAAUAACAAAACAGACAAUUAUAGACUCGAUGAUGAGAUUGAUACUACUUGCUGCUUCUGCAUUAAAACCAAAAAGAGUCAAAAGAAAAGUCUCAUCGCUGGAUGCGUCACGAACUUAGGGAUAUUUGCUCUUCUUCUCGGAUAUACUCUUUUAGGAGCGUUUGUGUUCCUUGCCAUAGAAGGGAAUGCCUCGAAAGUCCAUCAAAAGACCUUGGCUACCACGUCAUACCAGGCGAACGAGGUCGCGAAGACUGUUCCUAUCUCAAAACUGAACGGAACAAUCGCGCAAGCUAGCGCGGAGUUGAGGUCACAGACUGUUGAAAGCAUUUGGGAGAUCACAGUAUCUUUGAAUAUUCUUUAUAAAGAGAACUGGACGAGGCUAGCUGCCCAGGAAAUUGCGAGGUUUCAGGAGAAGUUGGUAGCAAGAGUGGCGGCAGAUGUGUCCGCUCAGUACGGAGGUGCUAGAGCACUGGAGUCGGCGCCAGCUCUCAUAGUGGAUGACUAUGAAUGGAAUUUUGCCAAAGCCUUCCUGUACUCGUUGACAGUUCUUACGACAAUUGGUUAUGGCAGUGUGGCUCCGAGAACGGCAUUAGGGAAGGCUGUUACCAUUGGAUACGCUGUCAUAGGGAUACCCUUAACCCUACUCUAUCUGUCUGUUGUCGGCGCCCUAUUGUCAAGAGUUGCAAGAAGCAUAUUCAGCAGGGCACUCUGCUGCUGUUUAUGUACAAAAUGUGGAUAUUGCUGCCUCGACGAGAGAACUAUAGGAGGUAAAGACAGAAAAGACAAAGUAAGAAGACAAGAUGACUACAGAAACCCAUCAUUACACCUUCAAGAACCGUAUUACGUUCGGUCACCAUCAGGUACCAUUAUUUCGGCAUCUCAAGCGCACAGCGUCAGUACAACUUCUAUAAAAGAUAAAAACCAAAGCUUAAGCUUCCUCCGCGACUGCGAUUCCUUGAGCUGCACAGAUACCGACUCAAAAGUCUCCUUGCACGGUUUCUCGAUUCUCGCCCCUCUUUCUUUGUGCCUAGCUGCUAUUUUUACUUAUAUUUUCUUCGGUGCUUUAGUUCUUUAUCAGUUGGAAGGCUGGAGCCCUAUCGACGGCGUUUACUUUUGUUUUAUGAGCCUAAGCACGAUUGGUUUCGGUCAUUUAGCGCCAGGGGCUACUCAGAAAAGUGGAGCUUCCACUGGAACCGUAUGGUUUUGCUCGAUUUAUAUAAUGACCGGUUUAGCUCUCACUGCGAUGUGCUUCAACGUUCUGCAUGAUGAAAUCGUCCACCGCCUAAGACACCACAAGAAGAUCAUCAAGAGCACUCAGAAGGUGUUAACGCCAGAGUUCUUGCAUCGGUCUUGACGAGAUGAAAGUGCUGAACUGACUGAAGACACUUUGAUUGAUUCUGAAGGAGAGUCGUUGCCAGAGGUUCUUCAUCAUGUUUCUCGACGUGGUAAGGGGGGGAUAAUCCGUCGGUCAGUGUACACACUCCGGACAGAGAAACAGCCAGACAGAACGACUUCCAUGUAAUAUAGGACGCAUUCUCUCAGAGAGUACCUACCCUUGGUAUUUCCCUUUAGAUAUUAGAAAUGGACUAUUGUUUUAUUGGUAGAAAAAUAUAUUUUUUUCUUUCAAUAAGCAAUCAACAUUACACUUUACUCAUGUAAGGAGUUCAUAUUAAACCCUCAGAUAGCAUGACUCUCUGAUUAUGGCGUGAUAUUAAAUUCAAAAUACCUUUUUUACGCAUACCUAGCUCUGGAUCUAUGCGACAUCUCUGGAGAUGUCAUUAUCUAAUAAACAAUCGCCAUGAAAAAUAUAUACCCGUACCUACUUUGCAGAGUGCUAGUAAUGUAGACAUAUAAAAACAUAUUACUUGAUGGGUCGCCACUGCUACCUACCUUUUGUACCAUUCCAGACUUAGAAAAAAUCUUUGUGUCGUAUUAUUUAGGAAAUGACAUUCCUGAGAGGAAAAUUGAUAAAUGAAGCUCAUGUAAUACUCAAUAAAGUAAUGACUGACCAUAUUUGUUAAUUAUUUUAUAUAGAUUAGAGAAUGAUAUACAAUUAGAAUCAUUAUUAAAAGAAAGGGGAGCUUUGUUGAAAGUCCUAUUAAGGCUAAAUGUAACCUAACAACAGGGAUGGGCGGUCAAACCCGAUAAAUCGAGAUAUUUUGUCAGUUAAAUAUGAACUCUACGCACGUCACAUAUAGUUCUAAUUUCAAAUAGGUCCUCAUUGGCACGACUUAUCGGGUUUUACCGCACACCCCUCGAAUUAUACUUUCAAAGAAAUUUUAUGUAACGUUUUUGGCAUCGUUUAUUGUAAAAAAACUACAUUUAUCUUGAACUUUCAAGGAUAUUUUACAUUAUUUUAUAUUUACACUAAAAUACGAAAGUGAUUUUUUUUAAAUAUUGCAACUACCAACUGAUACAUUUGUUAAAAAUAUCAGGCAAUGUCGAUUAUUUCACUAAAGUAAUGUAGUUUAAUUGAAUUCCUAAAGCAAUUCGGAAAGAUAAUGAACCACGCUUAUAAAUCUAU